CUUUAAUCAGCUGUAAGUGGUUUUUCUCUCAUAUCAUUGUUGACCUCUCUGUGUUGAAUUUCACCCGUAAUCCAUUAAACAUCAUCGUUAUUGCAAUUGCUAUUAUAUUUGCCGACCAUUUUUUACUACAAUCAAAGCAUUGUCCAAAAACAAUAAUUUGACAAUGUUAUCCAGAUUGGCCUUACGUUCAGAACUUUUCCGAGUAGCACCAUUUUGUGCCAGUGUACGCUUUACACAAACCAAGCCAGCAGUUACUACCUCUAAUGAAUCAAUCAUUGUACCAGGAUUCCCAAAACCCAAUGGCCAAACUCAACCGAAUCCAUUUGAUGGACCUGAACGAGAUUUAGUGAAUUUUCCUAGAAUGGUAAGGUUGGAAGAGCCAGCUAAAACUAGGUAUUUAUUUGUACCAGAAGAGUGGUUUGAAAUAUUUUACAAAAAGACCGGAGUCACAGGUCCAUAUGUUUUUGCUGCUGGUAUUACUACCUAUGUAUUAAGUAAAGAAAUAUGGGUUGUUGACCACGAGUUUCCUUAUGUGUUAGCUACAAUUGGGAUGUUUUAUCUUGGAUGGAAGAAAUUUGGAAAAUCUGUAGCUGAAUAUCUGGAUAAAGAAAUUGAUAGUUAUGAAGCAGAUUGUAAUUCGAGUCGUGCAAGUGAGGUUGACUAUUUAAAAGAAAUUAUUGAAAAACAGAAAAAAGAAAUAUGGAGAACUGAAGCUCAAAAACAUAUAAUGCAAGCUAAACGAGAGAAUAUAUCUAUACAAUUGGAAACUAUUUAUCGUGAACGAGCUCUUCAAGUAUACAAUCAGGUAAAAAGGCGCUUGGAUUAUCAGUUGGAAUUAGCCAACUUGACGCGCACUGUACAACAGAGACAUAUGGUUAACUGGAUUAUUGAAAAUGUUAUGAAGUCUCUUACAAGUGAUCAAGAAAAGCAGAGUUUCAAAAAGUGUAUGGUAGAUUUACAAGCAUUAGCUGCUAAAGCUUAAUUGUUAUUUCUGUCAGUUCCAUUUUAUAGAAUCAAUAUUGUUAAAAGGCAUAAUAAUUAAUCUCAUAACAUAUUUACAUUCUUUUAAAUGCGUUUAAAAUGAUAGAUUUCACAAAAAAUUUUCUGAAAUAAAAAAAAAUACUCUUAUUA